AUGCGGAACUGGGACACUCGGGACGAAUCGGGUACAGACAAGGGCUGCGAAUGGGAGAAAGACUGGGAGGAUGUACAACUUGUCUGCCGCAAGUUAGACAUACCUUGCAAGAUGGUCGACUUGUCUCGUGAGUACUGGACUCGCGUCUUCGAGCCAUGCCUCCAGAUGUGGCAGAAAGGCUACACCCCCAAUCCGGAUAUUUGGUGCAAUAAAGAAGUCAAGUUCGGGGCUCUGGUACGCCAACUGACCGAGGGUGACCAUUGGCUUGCUACUGGACACUACGCAAGCAAGGAAUGGGUUGCGCAGCGUGCGCCCAGCGAAGCUCACGACCCCACUGAGAGCAGUUCGACCUUCCGCCCGACCCUCGUGAGACCAAGGGACAGGACGAAAGACCAAACAUAUUACCUUUCAGCCAUCCCUGAAGAGAGUCUGGCGCGUGCCAUCUUCCCACUUGCCCCUCUCACCAAGCCUGAAGUGCGUGAGAUCGCGCACAAGGCGGGCCUGUCGACCGCGGCAAGACAGGAAAGCAUGGGCAUAUGCUUCGUAGGCAAGAAAAGAAGGUUUGACGAGUUCCUAGACCUCGAGACAAAUGAACAGCUCGCUCGCCACCGAGGACUAUGGCAGUACACGUUAGGCCAAAAUGCGCGUAUAUCGGGGUUACCUCACAAAGCGAUUGUCGCGAGGAAAGACCUGGAACAGAAUACCAUUCAUGUUGUGCUUAGACCAGAUCAUCCUGCGUUGUACUCCAAAGGCUUGGUCGCAUCAGGCUUCCAGUGGAUAUGGCAUGACUCUCCGCCCUCUGCUUUAGACACAGACGACGGUCUCCAGUGCCGAGUAAAGGUCAGUUACCGUACAGUCGAUGCCGCCUGCACCGUUCGCCGACAUUCAGAGCAAGAUGUGCUCCAAUUUACCUUUGCGGAGCCCCAGAAGCACGUCGCCCCGGGACAGAUCAUUGUCGUAUACGAUGGAGAUCGUGUGCUCGGGCUAAGUGCGCAUGUCCACUUGAGCCCCGUGGUCCAUAGCGGUCCGGGAAAUAUCGGCCCAUCGUAUAGCCUUUCCGGUCCCGCAUGUUCUGGAGGUAGUGAACGCGAUAGCUACUCCUCGAAUGACCUCUUCACAUCUGCCGUCGACAGAUUUGGCUUCCACAAUGCGUCCACGAUUGAUAGUCUCCUGGACAAGGAGGACGUAUCAUUAGAGGCUAUACUGGACGAAGAUGACCUGCUCCAGGAAUGCAAGGCGCAGAACACGCGACUCGUCAACUACUUCCAGCGGAUGGACGUGCUGCAGCGCUUGCUUGGCUACGUGACGGGACAGAUUGAAGGGGAGGACAGGGGUCGAUUCAAGUACCCUUAUGUGUCUACGGAGGUCCUGUGCAGCGAAAUAUGGACCAUAAUAGAGACGUGCCUCAACAACCACGAGCAGUUACUCAUGCCGUUUUGGGAGACCGUCCUCGACAGGCCGCCAGAAGACAUGAAGACGCAGAUGGUCAUGGCCUCCCAGUUCGCCAAGAUUAAUGCAGUCUUCCUGAAUAAAAAGCCAGCGGAGAUGCUUGCCUUCAUUCGAUCGCAACCAAACGUCGUCGAGCGACUCCUGCGCCACAUCGAGACCCCCGCGUUCGCAGACCUGCUCAUUAGGAUCAUCCAGCUGGAUGAGCAACCCGCCGGUGCCGGCGUCCUCGAAUGGUUAUCGCAGGAGAACCUUAUGUCUCGCCUCAUCGACCUGCUUUCUCCUGCUUACAGCCCCGACAUGCACACGGUCGUCUCAGAACUGAUCAAGGGCAUUAUCUCUAUGGCUUCUCCUUCUCCUGGCGCUGGCAUUGCUGAUCACCAGGUCCCGCCGUCAAACUGCUUUGCCAGGGAGCUGGCUCACCGCGACAGCGUGUCCAAACUGGUUACCUAUAUCCUCUGUGACUUUGGGCCUCCGACCCUACCCGAAGCCUCCGAACCUCCUGGAGCUGGGACAAGUGAGGCUCACAGCUCUGGGUCGAACAAACCUGAUCCAGAAAGCGCUGCGUCGUCUGUCGUGCAGUCCAUUUGCAUCAUAAUCGAAUUGAUCCGGCAGAACAACUCGGAUUACUUUGAGCCGUACCUAUUCCACACUCUGCGAAACAGGCUCAUUCAGGUCCAGCAACAGCUGCAGAUGAAUAGGCAGGGCGGUCGUGAAGCGCUCGAGGCUGCGUUCAACGAGAUGGUCAACCGUAUGGGCGUCGUGCACCUCGGUCCACUACUGGAGAUCAUGUGCGACAAACUGGACGCAUUUCAGCUAUUCCUUCGGGAGCCGAGGUCUAUGAAUGGUCAUGUCUUAACUACAGUGGGCGAGCUGACGCCGUUAACCUUCGAGCGUUACCGGAUAUGCGAACUCUAUGCCGAGCUGUUACACGCCUCAAAUAUGUCGCUGCUCAACCGACCGCGAGAGUACGACAAUCUGUACGACGCCACCGGCCGGUUACAGGGUGGUUUGUCCGCAUUGGAACAGUUGGCUCAGGUCAUCGCUGUAGGCUCCGGCGGCGAACCGAACGAGGAUGACAUGGACGACGAAGAGGGCGAGGAUAUCGAGCCUGCGCACGACUUCCCUGUUCAUAACGCGCAAAACGACUCUUCGUCGCUUCUGGACUCCGACGAGGACAUGAGCGGGGACGACGAGCCGGGUAGUUCCGACGACGACGCUAUGGAGGAAAUCGCCAUGUACGAGGAACCGCGGUCCAACAUGAACAAGGACUCUGUGUUGACAGCAUCUCCCUUGUCCCACUCGACCCCGCUGCUCUCAUCAUCACCUUCCGCCUCGUCGUCGUCGUCACCCAGUCUCCUCCCACCCGCCAACCUUGUGUCAUCUCCCGGAACCUCCCCCGCUGCAUCAGAUGUGUCUGGUAUCACGCUUCCCCGCCAGAACUCAUGGAAUUCUGGCUCGGACACAGACACACACUCACGACCACGCUCAAGUAAUUCUCGCCGGAGCUUCCGGCGACAGAGUGUUAUGGACAACCUCGUCAACGGACGUCCGGUACUGGGCGAAAGGCUGAAGCAGCGGUUCCUUAAGGCCAAUGUUGUGUCCACCCUCCUUGAUCUUUUCUUCGACUUCCCCUGGAACAACUUCCUUCAUAGCGUAGUGUACGACCUGAUCCACCAGAUCCUGACGGGUCGCAUUGACGGUGGGUACAACCGAGAGCUCACAAUAGCGCUGUUCCGGGACGCACGGUUGAUGCACCGUAUCAUCGAGGGUUCAAAACGGAAUGACCAGGAGAGUGCCAAACCGAAGGGCGUCCGGCUGGGCUACAUGGGCCACCUGACGCUCAUCUCCGAGGACGUGAUCGGCGCGCUCGAGCACUUCCCGCCCGACCUGCGGCUGCUCGCCGCGCAGUACGCGCCGCAGCCCGAGUGGGACGAGUACGUCACGGGGCGGUACAAGGAGACGAAGAAGAAGGACACGAUCCUGCUCGGCGGGGGCAAGCCCGUCGUCGCGCCGGGCAUGCGCAACGGCUCCGCGGCGUGGAAGGUCGACGAGGCGGACACGGGCGGCGUCGCGGCGACGGCGGCGGGCCGGGCCGAGCAGGAGGGCGAGGGCCAGAUGAAGGGCGAGUUCCGGCGGACGGCGAAGAUGCGCGAGGGGAGCGCGGACUUUGGCGCGAUGGACGACGACGACGAGGAGUUUUCGCGGGCGGGCCCGCCGCAUGUGAGCGCGUCUCCCUUCUCCCCGCCCUUUGCAGUGUCCCGUGCGGCGUCGGAGUUCGCGCAGUACCUGGCGCAGGAGAUGCAGUCGGCGGAGCACUUUGAGGCGGCGGACGAGGCGUCGGACGAUGAGGAGGAGGACGGUGGGUGGCUGGCCCACUCGACGUUCGACCUCCGCCCGCCGCCGGUCUCUGCGCGACAGCACGAAGCGGACCGGAGGCCGCUGAGGACCAGCGGGUUCGAUGAUGCCUUUGCACCAUCUAAUCGCCAAAGCAACAGCGCGCCCUUUGAAGAUCCCUUCGACGACGACACCUUCGGCCCCUUCUCCGACUCCGCGGCGGCGAGCGGCACAGACCCGUUCACGUUCUCGUCGUCGUCGUCGUCGCGCCUCAGCGCGGACGAGCAGGAGCACGAGCCGGAGCACCUCGAGGACGCGUCGUUCGACUCGUUCGGCGACUUUGGCGACUUCCAGAGCGCGGAGAGCGGGUCCGCGGACGGCGGCGGCGCGAGCAGCUGGAGCUUCGCGAGCACGUCGAGCACGGGCUCGUUGGACGAGUUCGGCGGCGGCGGCGGGUCGCCCCAGGGGAAGACGGAAUGGACUCAGUGA